AUGCUGGAAUACAUUGCCGGGCUUCUCCGGCAGUAUGGCGACGCGCGGAAUGCCGCCGGUGCCGCGCGGCUCCACGCCCAGAUCCUGCGUAGCAGCCAGCGGCACAAUGUCUACCUCGCCAACACUCUCAUGCACAGCUAUGGCCGCUGCGGCUGCGUGGAUGAGGCCCGCCGCGUGUUUGACGCCAUCCCCCAGCGCAAUCCCUUCUCCUGGAACAUCCUCGCCACCGCCUACAUUCACAAUGGAUUCCUGCAAGAGGCAAAGGGAGUCCUGGACAGGAUGCCGCAGCCCAGCGCGGUGUCGUGGAAUCUUAUGCUGGCGGCAUACAGCAGAGAGGGGCUCACCGCCGAGGCCAGAGCUAUGUUUGAUUCCAUGCCCGAGCUCAAUUCCAUAGCCUGGAAUUCCAUCCUUUCAGGCUAUGCCCACACUGGGCAUUGUGUGACUGAAGUUCUAACUGUGUUCCAACGUAUGCCUGGCCACGACGUGAUCAGCUGGAAUACCCUUCUUCUUGCGAUCUCCGAGACAGGUGACGCCGGCGGUACUAAGCGCGUCUUUGACGGCAUGGCACAGCGCACUCUAGUAUCUUGGACUUGCGCCAUGCAAGCAAAUGCGAGGACCGGGAAUGUGGCGGCAGCGAGGGACGUGUUUGACAAGAUGCCGCUGCGUGACGUGGUGGCGUGGACAGCCAUGCUCCAAGCCUAUGCCCAGGAUUUGGAUAGUCUUGAGGCCUUGUUCCGCGUCAUGCCACAGCGUGACGCAGCGUCAUGGUCCCUCGUGAUCAGUGCCUAUGGUGAAGGUGGCGACGCAUGGAAGGCCAAGCACACCUUUGAUGCCAUGCCUGGCAGCUCCAGGAAUCUAAGCUGCUGGAACGCUCUGUGCCACGCCUAUCUCUACAAUGGCCAGCUCGCUGAGGCUGGCGGUGUGCUCCACCGGAUGAGCAAGCGCGACGUGGUGGCGUGGAAUGGCAUGCUGUCGUGCUGCGUGCAGCGCGGCGAGGUGGAGACCGCCGAGGCGCUGCUGAGGGACACGCUGCCGGAGAGAAGCCCGGUGAGCUGGAGCACUGUGGUGUGUGGGUAUGCACAGAGCCGUGACGCGCGGCACGGCGCGGAUGCCAGCCGCGUCAUGGGCUCCAUGCCGGCGUGGACGCUUGUGUGCUGCAACGUGAUGAUCUCCUCUCUAGCACAACGAGGAAAGCUAGAUGAUGCUCGAGAAAUCUUCCACAGGCUUCCAGCGAGUGAGAGAGACGUAGUGUCAUGGACUGCCCUCUUCCAUGCUUGUGCUCUCAACAAUUGCCUUGACGAGGCCGCACUCGUCUUCUUCCGCGACAUGCCCGACAAGAACCACGUCUCGUGGAAUGCCAUGGCGGCAGCGUAUGCCCGAGCAGGGCAUACCGCCGAAGCCAAAGCCGUGCUCGAGCAAAUGCCGUGCCACGACGUUGUAGCUCUUACUCUCAUCUUUCACCUCGCCGUCCAGAGCGGCCGCUUGGAACACGCUCGGAGCUUGUUCGACAACGUUGUGCCGGAGAAGGAUCUGGUGGCUUGGAAUGCAAUGAUCGGGGCGUAUGCCCAGAACGGGCAAGGUGACGAGGCACUGCUGCUCUACCGCGAAAUGCACAUCCAAGGCAUGGAUCCAGACGACGUGACAAUGUCGAGCAUUCUGGCAGCACACAGCCGACUCGGCCAAGUCGAGCAAGGGAGAAGCCACUUCGUUGCCAUGCCGAUGGAUCACGGGAUCACGCCAUCGGAGGAGCACUACGCGUGCAUGGUGGACGCACUGGGACGUUCCGGGCAGCUGGUAGCGGCAGAGGAACUCCUCGCCACCUUUCCGUUCCAUCCCAGCUACGUUGCAUGGGGGAGCUUUCUUGCGGGUUGCCGGAUCAAUCAGGACGUCGCGCGUGGGGAACGAGCUGCACAGAUCGCUGCGGUAUUGGAUCCCAGCAAGUGCUCGGGAAAACGCUCCAUGCGCGGCCCACCAAAGCAAAAGUUUGAAGGCUUUUGGUCAGCCUCUCGGAGUGUCACGGGUUGUGCUGCCUCCACAUCUACGCCUGGCACCCUGUGA